UUCUGGGCAUUCCAUCCAGAGCUGACUCCAGGUUCUUGAAGGGCACUGCCAGUCUCUCACUGCCAAGGACAGGAGAGGAGACAGGAGCAUGUGGCUGGUCUCUGUGCUGUUCCUCCUCCUCGCAGGCUGUUCCUCUGUUCAGAAUCCCACUGGUCCCAAGCUGGUGAUAGGCCAAGAGAAGGGCUCCUUGAUCGUGAAGUGUCAUUAUGGCUCAAGCUGGAAGACCUACACGAAGUACUGGUGCCAAGGACCUGAUUGGAAAAGCUGCAGGACCCUUGUCACAACCAAUUCAGAGCAGUUGGUGAAGAAGGAUCGAGUGUCCAUCAAGGACAAUCAGAAAAGCCUUGUGUUUACAGUAACCAUGGAGAAUCUCAGGAGAAGUGAUGCUGGCACUUACUGGUGUGGGAUUGAGAGAACUGGAGUGGAUCCCGGGUUUGAAGUUAAUGUGGUCAUUGACCCAGUCACAGGAAUUUCAGACUCACUGGUGACAUCCACGGCAAGAGGUCUGACUUCCACAUCGCCAGCAACCGAGACCAGCAGCAGCAAUGAACCAGCAGCUCAAACCAGUCCGCCCACGGGGUCCCCGCUAAACAGCGUCUUCUUCCAGAUCCUGGUGUUCCUGGAGCUGCCCCUGCUCCUGAGCAUGCUCAGUGCUGUCCUCUGGGUGAACAGGCCUCAGACAUGCUCUGAGGCAAAACUGAAUGGGCCUGGUGAGAACCAGUAGUCCCGAUGCCCGUCAG